CUAAAAAUGGCACUGUGUGUUUAUUGUCAAAGUGAUUAAAACUCGGUCUUCCUCUCAAAACACCCAAAAAAAAAUGUACGAAUUUCUAAAAAUGUUGAAUUAAAUUUCGUUAAAAUCCCACUGCCUUUAAAACGUUUUCGUUUUGCGGAGUAUGACGAAGAUCGUCCGAUAGAAAUAAUGCCCUGUACACGACGGGCACAGCUACAAAAUGUUUUUACUCAGAUUACUGACGAUUUUGUGUAUCUUAACCGCCUUUUUGCGUGUGAUUUUGGGCCACAACGAGUGCCCCGCGAAAUGUAGUUGUAAACGCACCAAUCAGGCGGAUACUGCCGAAUGGGUUAAAGUCAGGUGUGGUGACUUUAAAAGGAUACAAACCUUGGAGGAACUCGAUUUUAACAACAUCGCCAGCGAAAUCGUUCAUUUGAAUUUAUCAAACAACUCGAUGAGCAAUUUUCAACCGAAAAUCCAAUUUGUUGCUUUACAAAAAUUGGAUAUAAGUGGAAAUCAAUUGGUUGAUCUCGUAGAUAGACAAUUUAUUGAAGUUCCUAAUUUGAAACGAUUAGAUAUUUCUGGGAAUCAAAUUAAAAACGUUGGACGAUUCACUUUCGAAAAUCUUCGAUUACUCGAAAGAUUAAAAUUAAAUAAUAAUUUUAUAAAUACAAUCGAAAAGGGUACUUUUGAUUAUUUGGAGAAUCUUAAACAAUUAGAUAUCUCAAAUAAUCCGUUAACAUGCGAUUGUAAAUUACUUUGGUUAUUAAAGUGGGCUGAAAAUACAUCGGUAAAAUUAAUGUCGAACCCAAAAUGCGCAUCACCUGCAGCGAAUAAAGGAAUAUCUAUAAAAAAAUUAAAAAUUGGCGAACACAUUCAUUGUAAAUCCCCGGCACAAGGAAAUCGUGAAAUCCCCAUCGUUGAAAUAACCCCCAAUUAUAGCCAAAUCGUUUUUGAGGGAGAUUCAUUACGAUUAAAUUGUAAAGCUCCGAGUAGUUUAGAAAGUUACGAUAUACAUUUAUCGAAUUUAAAAGAUAAUAUUGAAUGGUUGUGGCUCGAUUUGAAUCCUCGAACGAUUUUCGAUGAUGUUUUAAUAGAAAAUAAAUAUUUAGAAGAUGUUGGAUUGAUUGAUAGCUCAUUGAUUAUAACGAAAUUGAAUCGAAAUCAUAGCGGAAUGUGGAAUUGCGAGUUAAUCUCGAAUAAGCAUCGAUCAAAAAGUGUUAAAAUUAUUGUUAUAUCAAAUGAAACAAAGUUUUGCUCAAGUAUUUUAACAAGCGACAACAAAGGAAGUUAUAUUUGGCCUAAAACUAUCGUAAAUAACACGGUUUUUUUACCGUGCAAACAAACCCAUUUAUCACUGGAUAUUAAUUUACAAAAAGUGACUUAUUUUUGUGGGGAAAAUGGGAAAUGGAGUGAUUUAAACACAACGAUGUGUAGUUAUAUCUCGGAUACAACACGAAUUUUAGAACAAUUUUCUAAGUUUAGUUUAGCAAUGGGUAAAGGGGGGAUCAUCGAGAGUGCUAAACAUUUUAAAAAUUAUAUUUCUGACUUAAAUCAGUUAAAAGAUGUUGAAGAUUUGAUAUUUAUAAUCAGAACGAUUGAAAGUUAUGCUCAAUUUGUGCCGGAAGAGAACGAAUUGGGGCAAAUUUUAGUGGAAAUUGCAAGCAUGGUGAUGUUUUUGAACGAAACUUUUAUUUCGGAAACUUGUUCUCGAGAUAAUUCUUGUAAUAAGCUUAUUAAAUCAAUUGAAAAUAUCGCUCAAUUUACAACGACAUCGUCUCUUCAUAAAUCGAAUAUAGCUUUAGAGAUAUUUCCCGUUAAACAAACAACCUUCUCAGGAAUGACGUGCACUUGGUAUAUUACCCAUAAUAAUUUAAGGGAAAGAUUAUUUUAUUGCGCAACUACGAAUCAAAUCACUAAAAGUGUUACCCAUGAGAAAAUUGUUGAAGCCUCAAUUCAAGUACCAAUAUUAUUCUUUCAUCAAUUACGUAAUCGAGAGAUUUUACAAGAAACUUUAUCGCAUAAAAUUUUAAUUUCGAUGUUUGGGGACGCUAAAUUCUUUCCCAUUAAGAAUCAAAAUGAAAUUAUUGUUUCUGCUGUUGUUGGAAUUAAAUUAGAUGAUGAAAAUCAAAUAGAAAAUUUAACAGAUCCGAUUAGCAUAAUGUUACGAACCCCAAAAUCAUCACACACAUCAUCGGAAUUAAUCCCGGUAUGGUGGAAUAAAAAUUUAAACAACGGAACCGGAUCUUGGACGUCAAACGGGUGUUAUUUCAUCGAAGAAAUUUUAGAUUGCACCGUUUUUAAAUGUUACAACCUCGGAUAUUACGCUUUAAAACAAAACUCGACCCAAACCUCAAUCAAGUAUUACGCAAAAUUCAAAUUUUCCCAUUCCGCGAUUUACAUCGGAAGUUUCAUUUUGUUUAUGUGCUUAUUAACGUCGAUAUUAACGUAUUUAUUUUUUUACGCCGCCAUUCAAAUGCCGCGAAAGGCCAAACAUAGCUUAUUAAACAUUUGGAUUUCGAUUGCGUUUUUGUGUUUUAUUUAUGUCUUUGGGAUUUAUCAAACUGAGGAUUUAAAGUUGUGCCAAAUAAUCGGAUUAAUUUUGCAUUAUUUAACGUUAUCGUCGUUGUUGUGGAUGUGCGUUGGAGUUAACGGGAUGUAUAAGAGGUUACGGAAGAACGAUAAUCGCGUUUUGGAGUUGCAGGAUGAUGAAAUUGGGGAGGAACAUAUUAAGAAGCCGAUUAUUGGGUUGUAUUUUGUUGGGUGGGGGAUUGCUUUGAUUGUUUGUGGGAUAUCGUCGGCUGUUAAUAUGAAGGAGUAUUCGUCGGUUAAUUAUUGCUUUUUGAGCUCGGAGCCUGCGUUAAGCGCACUUUAUGUACCUUUUACGAUUUUAAUUAUAACGCUUUGUAUUUACUUUUCGUUGAUAAGGUGCGCUAUGUAUAGCAUUGUUGAUACGGGGGGGCAUUUGAGCGAAGGUACGCAAGCGACGGAGAACGUUGAUUUGGAUCUGUUGGAGCCGAAUUUUCCUAAUAACUCGAUUCCGAGUAUUUCGACGAAAAGUUCUUCGGAAACCGAAGACCCCGAGCAUGCCCCAAUCGUUCAAUUAAAAGCAUACAUCAUUUUUUUGUUUAUUUAUGUGUUAACUUGGAUUUUGUGUGCUUUCUCGACGAUCCAACCGAUUAAAUUAAAACGAUUUGAGGAGGUUUUUUGCGUAGCCUACGCAAUUUUAGCGAUCGUUUUAGGCUCUUUCACAGUUUUCUUUUAUUGCAUCGCGCGAAAUGAUGUGAGGACUCGCUACGUUUUGUUCACAAAAGAUUUAAAAAAGAAACGAUUAUUUUGCUUCUUUAUUCGCUCAAGAAACAUCAGCGACACCACAACAACAACGACGCGAAACGUUUCGCAAAUUCAAAUUCAACCUCUCCCCCCGAUUCCGAUCAUUGAAGAAGGUGGAAACUCGAAUCAAACGCGUUCAAGCAGCCGCUCAUCCUCAAACAACACAAAAUCAAACAACAGCCAUCAAAUUCUAAAAGGAGCCGACUUAAACGCGUACUCAGACUCGCAAGGAAUUAAAAUAAACAACGUUAAUUUGGUUGUUUUGCACCGGAAGCAGUAUCGCGGGAACUCGGUUGUUCCAAAUUUAAUCGAAAACCCCACUAAUUCCGAAAUGUUUUAUAACCCCCACCAAAUAACGGUGGCAAGGAAGUUUUUUCGUAAGCAAAAACGCAACAUGAUGAAACACACGAAUUUAGUUACGAAAAGAAACGAAUUUCACGAUAACAGCUCGAUUGCGUCGUUCCCAAAAACGAAUAACGACAAUCAAAGCGUUGACCAUCAAAGCAUCUUCUCAACAAACUCGAAAGUUAACAACACCAACAUUCACAUCGAAAAAAUAAGGAAACAACGUAACACGAAUAACCCCAAUAUUCUCUUAAUCGAUAGUUACGAUGAAGAAGCAACGAAACCCACAGAUUUCAAAGACAAAAAGAGGAAACAUAAAAAGAAACAAAUCAAUAAUUACAAACCCACCCAUGAUAAUAUGAGAUCGGUUUCGCAACAAUGCACCUUGGAGUAUAGCUCAGAAGCCAUAUCGGAUUCAAUUUUAGAUCAGCGGAGUCCCGAAAAGAUCCAAAACAAUUUUAACCCCGAAAUAGCAACCACAACAACAGAAAAAACUAUAAAAAUAUCAGAAAAUGUCGAUAAAUUAAACACGGUUUAUGAACCAUCGUUAGAAGAAAACUCUUUCCUUCCGGGUCGAAUUUAUGUGAACCCAUCUCACGAACCUUUAUUCCCAAUAAAUAAACGCGUGCAAAGUCGAGCGAGUAGCGUCUCAGCCAGCGAAAUCGACGAGUUAUACCAAGAAAUACGAGGACCGAGGCACAACAAAUACGACAGAAUGCGACAACCGAGUCCUUGUUAUUCCGACUCAGAAGUCACUUCCGGUGUGAGCGAGGUUCGAUUUAGAAGUAGGAGAGGGUUUUUUGGCGAAAAAUUUUCAACAUCAAACGUUUAAUUUUAAUUUUAAAUUAAUUUUUAAUGUCAAA